CGGACCCAGAACGCUGCGCUCGCGGCCGCGGGGAGACCGGAUCAUGUACCGGUGCCGCGGAGCUGCUUUGGCCGCGACGGGGCUCAUCUGGAGCGGGAGCAGCUCGGCGAAGCGGCUCGGCCGGGCUGCGUGGAGCACAGCCUCCAGGAUGGGGAACACCACAUCAUCGCCUUUAGGGAAGUCAUCAAGUACUCCUGUGAAACAGAUCCAGCAAACAAUUUCUGAUAAUUGUGUGGUGAUUUUCUCAAAAACAUCCUGUUCUUACUGCAAAAUGGCAAAGAAGAUUUUCCACGACAUGAAUGUUAAUUAUAAAGCUGUAGAGUUGGACAAGCUUGAAUACGGGAACCAGUUUCAAGACGCCCUUUGCAAAAUGACAGGAGAGGGCACGGUCCCACGGAUUUUCGUCAAUGGAACUUUUAUUGGCGGUGCAGCUGACACACAUCGGCUACACAGGGAGGGGAAGCUUCUGCCGAUGGUUCACCAGUGUUACUUAAGACAGAAUAAGAGGGAGGAGUGUCAGUGAUGUGCCCCGACUCCCCAUCGUCUGCUCUGAGACCCAGCGAUAAUGCCAUAGCUCCUCUUACACACUGCAGGAUGAUUGUGAAUCACCUUAACCAACAGUGAAGAUAACCAAAGAUAAAUUGUUGUGGAAACUUC